CUGGCUAAUUUUUAAAAAAAAUGUCUGUGGAGACCGGGUCUCACUAUGUUGCUCAGGCUGAUUCUGAUGAUGGACGUUUUGAGUGCCUAUAGUUUAUAUGUUCUAGAUUUAUAGUUUACCUCUAACAGUUGGUUUGGUGUGGUAUAUUUGGUUUUCAGUCAAUUUGAUCUUCCAGUGACUUAAUCUCUGAUUCCUUCAUGAGGACCAGGCGUGGGCAAUUGUUCCUGCAGAAUCAGUAUUUAACCUUCAUAUGCUGAAACAGAUUCAACACAGUAGAUAGUAUAAAACUAGGAUGUUUUAAUCCUAUAAUUGGGUAAAACUCUGGAUGAAAAUUUAAUUUUUUUCUUUAUUUUUUUUUUAGAUGAAAAUUUUAUAUCCAGCACCACCUCUCCUCACAAAGUUCAAUUAACGCACUAAAAAUGAAUGUAUGUUUGCCCAGAAAUUAAUUUAUAACACAGUUGAUUUUUGAAAACUUUAUUUUUAAACUAAGAUUUUUUUUUCAAAUUUGAAUAUUAGAUCUGUUUUAAAAAAUCCCCAUAAAAGCAGUUUCAGUUCUUAUGUGGAUUGCAAAUCAUGAAACAACUUGCUGAUGAAGCUUAGAUUUCUGGAAUGCUUUAUCUUUAAAGUUAACUUUGAAGUUUUAUUUUCUGUUUGUCACGUCCAGCCUCUUGUGACCUUUCUCCCUGAAUGAACAGAGUUAGCUCUCUGAAAUGUCAGGAGUUUGUAACACCAAGGGUAAAUUUGCUGGAAAGCUUUUAGUUGGGCUGCAUUGCCUUGUUUAAAUAGCCGAACACCUGCUAGGCAAGCCCUGCACAUGUGAGUGGCUAUAUAUGUUCCUUCCUUUAGGAUUUGCAAGGCUGGAGCACAAAGACAGCGAUUGUUACCCAAUAAGCAGUAGUCACACACUUCUACCAAUCGCCUUAGGAGGGCUGGUUACCAUGGAAUCCACCAUCUGUUCACUCCCCACCGGAAUGUGAUUAUCAUUGUGGGCUUGGAACUGGGGAAAGCAGGGGAGCCUGUGCUGGGUGAAAUUAUCUGCAAUGGACUGGGUUAAUGGGAAGCUUGCUUUGGCUCACUGGAAGAAUAAAUGAAGGGAGUUUUACUUCAACCAUUUGUGAAUUCUGGCCAAGAGGAAUAAAUUCAGCUUUUAUAAGGCAGCAGUACCUGUCCAAAGAUCGCUUUAGCUCCACCUUGUUUCAUAAGCAACACAACCACACUGGUUGAUGAGAAUGUAUCUAAAGAAGAGGCUCAGGGAAUAAAUGGGAACAGGCCAGCAAAACACUCAGCUGCAAGUCCAAAGCCACAAGUGCCUCCAAAGCCAUUACACCUGCAGAAUUCACCUUCGUCCAAUAUACACCAAACCCCCAAGCAUAAAGCUUUACCUAGUGCAAAACCAAGGAUGGAGGAAAUUAAACCUGCCUCUGCUUCUUGUGUCUCAAAAGAAAAACCCAGUAAAGUAUCAGAUCUCAUCAGUCGCUUUGAAGGAGGCAGCUCAUUAUCAAAUUAUAGUGAUUUGAAGAAAGAUUCUGCUGUGAACCUAAAUGUUCCUAGAACCCCGGGAAGGCAUGGAUUGACAACCACACCUCAGCAAAAACUCCUGUCCCAGCACUUGGCACGGAGGAAGGGCAAUGAUACAGAUCAGACUCAGGGUGCACAGACUUGUGUGGCCAACGGUGUAAUGGCAGCACAAAACCAGAUGGAAUGUGAGGAGGAGAAAGCUGCCACUUUUAGCCCAGAUACUUCUAUUCAGGCCUCUGAACCCUUGCUUGAUACGCACAUAGUGAAUGGAGAAAGAGAUGAAACUGCCACGGCUCCUGCAUCACCCACAACAAAUUACUGCGAUGGAAAUGCUUCUGGCAGUAGCUACAGGACUCCAGGCAUAGGCCCAGUGCUCCCCCUAGAAGAAGGAGGGGCAGAAACUGAAGCCAAGGUACAAGAGAGGGAAAAUGGGGAAAGCCCUCUGGACCUGGAGCAGCUGGACCAGCACCAUGAGAUGAAGGAGACUAAUGAGGAAAAACUUCACAAAAUAGCCAAUGAACUUUUGCUUACCGAAAGAGCUUAUGUCAACCGGUUAGACCUCUUAGAUCAGGUAUUUUAUUGCAAACUGUUGGAAGAAGCAAACCGAGGCUCAUUUCCAGCAGAGAUGGUGAAUAAAAUCUUUUCUAAUAUUUCAUCAAUAAAUGCCUUCCAUAGUAAAUUCCUCUUGCCAGAGCUGGAGAAACGAAUGCAAGAAUGGGAAACUACCCCUAGAAUUGGAGAUAUCCUUCAGAAAUUGGCACCAUUUCUUAAGAUGUAUGGAGAAUAUGUGAAAGGAUUUGAUAACGCAAUGGAAUUGGUUAAGAACAUGACAGAACGUAUUCCCCAGUUCAAAUCAUUGGUUGAAGAAAUUCAGAAACAGAAAAUCUGUGGGAGCUUAACUUUGCAGCAUCACAUGCUAGAACCUGUUCAGCGGAUUCCCCGGUAUGAGAUGCUCCUUAAGGACUAUCUAAGGAAAUUGCCUCCUGAUUCCCUGGACUGGAAUGAUGCUAAAAAAUCACUUGAAAUUAUAUCUACAGCAGCAAGCCAUUCUAAUAGUGCAAUAAGAAAAAUGGAGAACCUAAAGAAACUCUUAGAGAUUUAUGAAAUGUUGGGUGAAGAAGAAGACAUUGUAAACCCUUCAAAUGAACUAAUAAAAGAAGGACAGAUCCUCAAACUAGCUGCUCGGAACACAUCAGCACAAGAACGCUACCUUUUCUUAUUCAACAACAUGUUGCUGUACUGUGUGCCCAGAUUCAGCUUGGUAGGCUCUAAAUUCACAGUUCGAACCAGGGUUGGCAUUGAUGGAAUGAAAAUUGUGGAGACUCAAAAUGAAGAAUAUCCACAUACUUUCCAGGUAUCUGGGAAAGAGAGAACACUGGAACUGCAGGCCAGUUCUGCACAAGACAAAGAAGAAUGGAUCAAGGCCCUUCAAGAAACCAUCGAUGCUUUUCAUCAAAGGCAUGAAACCUUCAGAAAUGCAAUUGCAAAGGAUAAUGACAUUCAUUCAGAGGUUUCUACUGCUGAGCUAGGGAAAAGAGCCCCAAGAUGGAUCCGAGAUAAUGAAGUGACAAUGUGUAUGAAAUGUAAAGAAUCUUUCAAUGCACUGACGCGAAGGAGGCAUCAUUGUCGAGCAUGUGGAUAUGUGGUUUGUUGGAAAUGCUCCGACUACAAAGCUCAACUUGAAUAUGAUGGAGGUAAAUUGAACAAAGUUUGUAAAGACUGUUAUCAAAUCAUAAGUGGAUUCACAGAAAGUGAAGAAAAGAAAAGGAAAGGAAUUUUAGAGAUUGAAUCAGCAGAAGUAUCUGGAAACAGUGUGGUGUGCAGCUUUCUUCAGUAUAUGGAGAAGUCGAAACCUUGGCAGAAAGCUUGGUGUGUGAUCCCCAAGCAAGACCCCCUUGUGCUGUACAUGUAUGGUGCCCCCCAGGACGUCAGAGCCCAGGCCACCAUUCCACUUCUGGGCUAUGUGGUAGAUGACAUGCCACGGAGUGCAGACCUGCCACACAGUUUCAAACUGACCCAGUCUAAGUCUGUGCACAGCUUUGCUGCAGACAGCGAGGAACUGAAGCAUAAAUGGCUGAAAGUCAUCCUUUUAGCUGUCACAGGUGAGACACCAGAUGGUCCAAAUGAGCAUCCAGGCACCUUGGAUGAUCAUCCUGAACCUAAGAAAAAAUCAGAAUGCUGAACUUAUCCAGGACCAGCCAUAGUGCAGAGGUCUCAAGAUGUAAAGCUCAAGACAUUCCCAGCUCUUCAUACUCAUCUGCUAGCACUUUAUGUUGAAGAAUACAGGCUCAUAAAUGCAUCAGUUGAGGACUAUUUUCCUAUGUUUAUGUACUCCUAACGAAAGUAGUGUACAGUGUCAUUCUACCGAUAAAGUUUUGAAAUAAUGUGAAAACUGGAUCAUUUUUUGAGCUAUUCCUUGAAUAUGUGCUUUUUUGUCUUGAAGAAAAUGGUAUCAGUUGAUUCUGUCACUGUCAGGUUAGAAUGAGCACUUUCAUUUAAGAAAUCCUUUAAUAUGUUCUUCUCUUUCACACGUAGGACCUGUAACAGUUUGAAAGAUAUACCUCCAUGUUGCCAAAAUAGAUCCACGGUGAAAAAUACAGGGACAGUUUAGGCUAUUGUAUUAACUUAUUUAAUUUAGUUUAUAAAUCUCUAGCUGCAUAAAUGAUGUCUGUUCUUUUAAAACAAAAAGGACAAUUGUUGGUGUUCAGAUUUUCGAUUUAUGAAGAAAAGAGAACUUGUUUUGUAGAAAUACUUCUAAGAAUAUCUUAAGUAUAUAGUAAUUAUGUAUAUAUAGUAUUAAAUAUAUAUAUAUAUAUACUAUACAUGCUUUUCUCUUUAGCUUUGGGUUCACAUUCAUUUCUAAUUUAUUUUUUAAAUAUAAAGCAUGGUUUAUCUUGGAAUUCAGCAAUGUUCUAAACUGAAGAAAUGUUUUGGUGAUUUAUGUUUAACUGAUUGGCAUUUGAGGGUAUUGAUAUUUUUAUAAGUGGUAAUUUAUGUGGCAUGGGAUAUAUUUGUGAAUUCCAACAGUACUUUUAAAGUACCAUCUUUUGUUUCUGUGCCUAUUUAAAACAGUGCCUCUCUUAGAAGGUGCUAUUAAUGUAAGAUGAGGGUUCAGUUAUAAGCUUCAGUCUUGAUUAUUUUAAGAUUAAAGUGCAUUUCAGUCACUGGGACAGUCAAAGUCAUGUAGGUUGUUUUACCUUUUAUGAUCCUAAAAUUGUUGCAGUAGUUAACCUCAGCAUGUACAGAAAUUUUCACCAAAACCCAAACUUAGGAGACACCCGACCCUUUUACAGAACUAGGAUAUGUGGAAACCACGUUCAUUGUAAUGUUUUUCUUUUCCAUAAGGUAGUCAAGCAUGGUUAAAUGAGGACCCUCUAUAUACUGAACACUUAAGAUCUGUGUGGGCCUAUUCCUUUGUCAGAAUGAAACAAAAUCCACCUGGGAUAACCCAUGUUUGGGGCAGGGGCUGGUCACAUGAUUCCUUGUCAUGAAGGCUGCGCUACACUGUGUUGUACCUCUGAUUAAAAUCUCACACUAAGUUUACUAUUUAACUUAAUCCUUUUCUCAAAUUAAACAUUUUUUUAUAUUGUCAUACCCCAAA